AUGGGCGACCCCGAUGCCGAUACGCCCUCGCACGCGGGCGAGUCGACGGCGGCCAUCUCUCUCUACCCGACGGCGGCCCCCCCUGCCGACGGCAUGCGGUACAUGGACGACCCGACGCUGGCGCUGGACGGCAUCGACGACGACCUGCCGCCGCUCUACACCGACCACGAGGAGUUUGUCGAUGGCGAGUCGAGCCGCGGGCCCGUCGACCCGCUCAUGCCUCGCGGCGGCGCCGAGCUCGUGCGACCGUUUGGCCAGGACGCCGACGGCACGACAACCUACUACGUCGACGCCCGGCUCGACUCGGAUCCCAAGUUCCUCCUCGACCACAUCACGCGGCUCGCGGCCCUGCCGCCCCGGCCCUUUGUCCGCCUCCGCGGCACGCACAGGGAGCGGCGUCGCGAGCAGGGCAAGGACCGGCCGGCCAGCGCGCGCGUCGUCGACUUUGACGUCCGCGUCGAGCUCACGCACCUGCUCUACACCGACAUCGGCCGCCAGCAGUCGUGGCGGAGCCUCGUGACGGCGAGCAACUUUGAAAAGGUGCGCCGCGGCACCGUCCGAGCCCAGCGGGCGCCCGAGGAGGGCGUGCCCGGCGUCGAGCAGUGGUGCCACCGUUUCUGCGCGAGCGCCGCCGGCCUCCGGUGCUUCACGCUCGAGCGCCGCGUCGACGGCUGGGACUGGGACCUGCUGCGGCGCCGGCUCGAGGCGCUCGUGCGCGCCACCAACUACCGCGGGCGCUGCGAGGUGACGUUUCCCGUCGCCAACGCCCGCGUCGACGUCUACAACGCGUGCCUCGCCAACCGCUGGCGCCUGACGCGCUGGAUAUGCUUCCUCUUCUACGCGAGCCUGCUCUUCCUCUUCACCUGGCCCUGGCUCCACUUCGCCACGAAGCGGUGGGAGACGGUGACGGCGGCCUGGCCCAUGAGCCGGCCGACGGCGGUGCCGGGACGGAGGCGGUACGCCGCCGGCGUGAGCGAGGAGGCCUGGUACGGCAUGUGGGCCAAGGCCAUACAGCGCGCCAUGCUCGAGCGCCGGGACGCCGAGCUCGACCAGCGCGACCUCGAGGCGAGCCGGGGCCAGCCGGCGGGGGGGGACGGCGCCCUCGGCGACGUGCUGCGGGCCGGCGUCGAGGCCAUGGGCGUCGUCAACCGCUCCUUUGGCUGGGGAGGCGACCAGUGA